AUGUCAAAAUUAAAUAGUGAUGUUCUUUAUUAUAUUUUUCAAGAUUUACAUUACUUAAUUACUGCUAAUUCAAAUAAUGAAAGAAAUUUUAAAAAAUCUCUACAUCAUUGUUUAUUUAUUAACAAACAUUGGUGUGAAAUCAUGAUUCAAAUUUUAUGGAGUUAUCCUUAUAAAUAUGUUUAUAACAAAAAAUCAUUAUCAGAUAUUAUUAUUUCACAUUUAUCAGAUAAUUCAAUUAAAUUUUUGAAAGAUGAAAAUAUCAUUGAAGCAAAUUUUCAAAAGCAAAAACUUUCAUUUAACUAUGUUAGAUUUUGCAAAUAUCUUAAUAAUAUAGAUGACGUUAUUCUAGAUAGAUAUUUAUUAAAGAAAGAAAUUUAUAAGCUUUUUAUUAGUGAAUGUUCAUCAAUUAAAUGUUUGAGUUCAGAUAUGAUGUCAGUUUCAAUAUGCAAAUAUCCAGGAUCAAAUAUUUCUCUUUCAAAUCUAUAUGAGUUAGAUAUAAGAAAAUAUUCAUGUACGUUUUAUCAUGAAUUGGCACAAAUAUGCAGGUCAAUAGAAAAAAUUCGCAUAACUAUUUAUGAAGAAACUUCUGGAAUUGCUGAAUUAAUUGAAAUGCAAAAACAGAUUAAAUACAUAUUUAUAGAUGAAUACUGCGAAUGUAAGAAGAUAAAUCAAGCUUUAGAAAAACAUGUAAAUUCAAUUGUUCAUUUGCAUUUAAAAACAAAUGAAUUCUUUCAACAUGAUUUUCUCCUUCCAAAAUUAAUUAAUUUACAAUGUUUAAGAAUAAAUGAUACAAAACAUCAAACAGGAGAUCAUAGAAUAUAUUUAAAUUAUUAUAACCUUCAAAUACUUGAUUUACUACACAUAUCACUUGAUAUAGCAUUAGAUAUUAUUCAAAAUACAAAUGGAAGUCUAUGGAAAAUUAAAAUCAGACUUGCUAAUUGUGAUCGAGCAAAAGAAUAUAAUCAGUCAAUCUACAAAUAUUGUCCAAAUAUAAAAUAUGUUACAGUAUUUUUAAACCGUAAGGGAACCCUAGAAGAACUGGAGAAAAUUUUCAUCAAUUGCCAACACUUGGUAGCAAUAGAUAUAGAUGAGAAAAUCAAAGAUGAAUAUUAUGAUAAAUUUCUGGAUUUAUUGAUUAAAUCGGCUCCAUUCACUUUAUACAAAAUUCAUAUUGAUGAUAUUAAUUUAUUUAGUACAGAAUCUUUAAAAUUAUUUUUUACUAAUUGGAGUAAAUGUAAAACAAAUUUACAUUAUUAUGAUCGUUUUAAUAGCUGGCAUAAAUUUAUUGAAAUAUGUGAAGGGACAGAUGCUAUUAUUAAACUUGAUUAUUAUGAUGAUGAUUUUCGGAAUCAUGAAAUUAAAUGGUUACUUGAAUUCUAA